AGGGGUCGGAAGCUGUCGGCGGAAGUGAAACCCCUCUGCUUAAAAACAGGCUGCCACAAGGCAUCCAUAGCCGAGAGAUCCUGUUGUCCUUUGGGAGUUUUCAUAUAGCGAAUCAUAACACGGAGCCAAAGUGCCUUUUUUUAAAAAAAUUAAAAUAAAUCACCAUGAAGCCGAAGCUGACUGGGACCAACAAGCGCUCAAAACCAGACCGAGCCGAGGCGUCUCUGUCGCUCCAGGAGGAGCUCGCUGCAGCGAUACAUGGGGCGUUUGAAGCGGCCGUGGAGAUCGCAGUUCGAGAGGUGACGAAGCUUGUAGGUCAGGCAACAGGAGCCGUCCACGAAGACAUGCGUCGAGAGAACGAGUCCCUCAAACAAAGACUGCAGCGAGCUGAAGAUAUGCUGGACUGUGCGCGCAUGGAGGAAAGAGGAGGAGGCUCUCCUGUAAAUAAACUCCUGGAUGCCACCAACCGCACGGAUCCAGCGCCCCUCGUGUACAGUCGGAAAAGCCCAAGUCCUAAAGUGGGCAGAGUGCACAGUUGCACGGGGAUCCGAGGUGACGCGUCCGGUCCGGGACACAGCCGUGCACACCAGCCUCCUGACUGCCAACGUAAACACGAGGAGCAGCGAUCAGGCGACGGUCUGAAGACUCGUGACAGGGACGCUGCUUCAGAGAAACGAGGAGACGAUGGAUGUGCUGCUGCUUGUGACUCCUUGACUAAAGAAGUCGGUGAAGAGAUCUCUCGUCUCUGUGGGUUGAGGGUAGAAAGCAUUAACCAGCUGUGUACAGAACUGGCAGCUCAAGAACACGACUCGCCAACACUUCCCAGCGGGGAUGGCGAGUCCACUUUGAAGCAGUUUAUUGUAAAGCAGGAGAAGCCAGAGGAGGAGGGAGAUGAUUCAGCUUGCUGUUUAGACUCGAUCAAAGUGGAGGAUUUUAGCCCGGAGUGCAUGUCCCCGCUCCAGCCCGACAUGCUGGAAGAGUGGAAACCUGAAGUGCUGGACAUUCAGUGCAGAGACUCAAAUGCUUCUCUGUCCUGCACCAGGCUGGCUCAGGACUUCCCAAACAUCUUCCAGGUGCCAGAACCAGCUCCCGUCCCAGAAGCCCCUCCACAGGUUUAUGGAGUCCAUGUGCGGACCGGCCGCAACCUCGGCCACACCUUAACCAACCUCUACGCCUGCAAGUCCUGCAGCCAGACGUUCCACCUGCCCAGUCUGCUGCGGCGGCACUACGGCCAGUGCCAGCAGAAGCUCCAGCAGUGCUGGCAGCAGCCCGUGGAUGGAAGCAAGAGGACCAGGCUGCAGCUGUACCCACCGGGAUGUAGCCCCUUCCGCUGCACAGUGUGCAACCGCGAGUUCAACCGCAUGGAGAACCUCAAGACUCACCUUCGCAUCCACACAGGAGAGAGGCCGUACACCUGCUCGGUCUGCUCCAAGUGUUUCCGUCACUCUGGGGCCUUAACCAGGCAUUUCCGCAUCCACACCGGGGAAAAGCCUUACAUCUGCGGACAAUGUGGGAAGUCCUACAGAAACUGUGGGGGGCUUAAAUUCCACCAGCGUUCACACAGCAAACAGAUACAGUAGCUACACGUUCUUUCUUUAAACAGCUGAUGGUAUACAAUGCUUAAUAUGUUUAUCAUUUUUAUUUUUUAAGUUGGAUCAUAUUUACUGGCUAAUAUCAUUUAUUGUGUGUUUGUGUUGGUCUAACCUUGAAUUAAUCUAUGGCUGUUCCUUAAACUGUAAAAUAAUAGGGGACGACUUCAUUACUCUUGUCUGCACUGUUUCACAUUUUUAUGACGGGUCUUCCCUUUGAGAUCAAAGAUAUUGUUUUUAAGAGCUCUCAAUCAGAAGGAAGAAUCUCAACAUGUUGUAGGAGCUUUUUUUUUUCAUUUGCAUACAAUUAGCUUUAUUUCUGUGAUCUUUGAAUGUGCACAGAUUGUAAAGCCCUCAGGCAAAUUUGUGAUUGUUUUCCUAACUUGUUUUUAUAAUGGUUAUAGAAAAAAGUUAGUCCGUUUCUUAUUCAUGACAAUCUUGUUAUAUUUAUUUGUUUUCAAAUAUGUAUUUUAUUUAGACAUUCAUUUUAUCAAUUACUUGUGGAAAUUGCUCAGAAAGUGGACAUAGGUCUGCUUUGGUUUACUGUACCAACAUACUAGUCCCCUUUGAAUUUUGUGUGUGUGUGUGUGUACAAUCUCUAUUUUAACAUUUUUGUAUUUGGGUUAGGAUUAAGGUUUUUAUCUCUGUCCCCUCUCUUUGUUACUCCCUGUAUGCAUGCUCUGGUGUGAAAACAAAGCUCAAAAUUUCUGCAGAAAACACAACUAAUCAAAUGUCCGCCAGCAGCGUUACUAGGUUGUUAUUAAAGUCUCCUUCUAUU